AUGGUUCCAUAUCAACACUACCAUCUUCGAAGGCGAAGAAAUCUGGCUCCAGUGCCGUAUCACACUUAUCACGUCUGUGAUUGCGCGGCACAGUCGAGGCUUUGUCCACCUGGCCCCAACGGACCUCCAGGUUCGCCAGGAGUCGAUGGUGAACCCGGACUCGACGGAUUACCCGGUCAUGCAGGCGAUCACUACCCGAUCCUACUACAUGGCUUCGAUUGCGUUCAGUGUCCUGCCGGCAUGCCUGGUGAACAAGGACCAGAUGGACCGAGUGGACCACCAGGGCCCCGUGGGCCGGCAGGAGCGCCUGGCGUGCCCGGUCGCAAUGGAGAACGUGGACCACAAGGACCUCCAGGUGACCCAGGACCACCUGGUCAACCAGGUAAGAACUCACCACCGGGACCACCAGGAGUAGGUGCUUUACACUUCGUAGGGCUUCCUGGAGAGCCAGGACCGAAAGGUCAGGCUGGAGAGCCUGGAUCGCCAGGACAAGCAGGGGAAUGUGGUGAACCUGGUCCACCUGGUCCACCUGGACCACCAGGCCCUCCUGGAAAACCCGGAACCGAUGGAUUUAACGGACCACCUGGAGCGGAUGGUAUGGAAGGCAUUCGUGGCUACGAUGCCUUCUAUUGUUUAUGUCCAAAAAGGAGCAUUUACCUUGAUAGGGAAGUAAAGUAG